AGGUAAGGGGUAAAGAAGAAAAAAUCUAAGACAUUUAGAGACACAGAACAAGAGGAGCCAGAAGACUACCUGAAACCAGAGGAGACACAAGAGCAUGGGGAUUAAUUUGUGGAAAGUUGCAUGUGUUGUAUGCGCCGUACUGCUUAAUGCUACUGGCUCACAGUCCCAGAGCAGAGUAUGUGGUCAGGCUCCACUGAACAACAAGAUUGUGGGUGGUGAAGAUGCUGCUCUUGGCUCCUGGCCUUGGCAGGUCAUCGUUCGGUCAUCAAUCAGCCUCUGUGGUGGCAGCCUGAUCAAUCAGAACUGGGUCUUAACAGCUGCUCACUGUUUGGAAGGCUUUGCUGCACGUCAAAUCACAGUCUAUCGACGACUUGAAAAUGGAACUAUAAUGCAGGCAAUAAAUGUAAAUAAAUUAAUCGUCCAUGAAGGCUAUAGCAAUAAGACCUUGCACAAUGAUAUUGCACUAGCCCAGCUUUCCUCUUCAGUAGUGUUUAAUGAUUAUUUCAGUCCGGUGUGCCUCGCUGCUAGCACCAGUUCUUUUCCAAGUCGUACUGGUGUCUGGGCCACAGGAUGGGGUAGAAUCAGCAAUACUAAUCUGCAGUUGCCUGAAAAGCUGCAGGAGGUGAAGUUGCAGAUUGUCAAGAACAGUGACUGUCAGAAAAUAUAUACAGGUUUAAUUAUCACAGACAAUACAAUGUGUGCUAUCUCUCCUGUGGGGGGACAAGACAUAUGCAUGGGUGAUUCUGGAGGUCCACUGGUGGUCAAUUUUAAUGGAACUUGGAUUCAGGGUGGAAUUGUGAGCUUUACCGCUUCAAGUGGAUGUGCUUCCCCACUUAUACCCAGUGGCUACACCAGAGUGUCUCAAUAUGAAAACUGGAUUAAUGUCAACACCGGCAACAAUCAAACAGAAUUUGUUGCAUUCUCAAAUGGAAAUCAUGGCUCCCUCAACUUCUGUCUGUUCCUUUCUUUCACCAUUAUCCCCUUCCUUCUUUCCCUGUCCACCUACUAGUGAUGUUAGCCAGCAAGUAAUCUAACAUUACCUUAUAUAUAUUAGGGCUUGUAUGUUAAUGCGUUAACGCAAAUUCAUUUUAACUAAUUUUAUUAAUGUGCGAUUAACGCAGCAUGCAUUUUCUGUCUUGCCCGUAGUUUGGGAAAUGGGAGAUGCAGCAACAAACCGAAAUUGAGGAAUUACAGUGUCUUCUUUAUAUAUAAAAAGAUGAUGGUUCUGUCGACAAGAUUUUAUAUAUAUAUAUAUAUAUAUAUAUAUAUAUAUAUAUAUAUAUAUAUAUAUAUAUAUAUAUAUAUAUAUAUAUAUAUGUAUGUUAGAUCAACUGACUUGAAUUGGGACGUUUUACCGCCUGUUUUACUGCCGCUGGACCACCAGGAGGCAUAUAUGUAGUGUUUUUACUGAAAAAAUGAACAAUGUGUAUUGAGUAUAAUGACUGAGCCAAUAAUUGUACCCAUGUAUGUAACAAAGAAUGAAUCAGUGAAUUUGACUUCAGUGUAGGUUUAUCAUCAGUAAUCAAGUAAUGAAGGUCUCCUUUCUUUCUGGCUUGCCAGUUUGUCAAAGACCUUCUGAUUAAAGUCAGUCAUCUCAGUCACCAGUCUUUUCCAUUGGCAGCAUGGCCAAUGCAUUCAGUAAGAAGUGCUGGAAAAGUACCGAGUGUAAGCUCGACCACCAUCACUGGACUGCUGCUGAAUUUGCAAAUUGGGUCGAUCUGGCCCAAGCUCAUUUAUUUAUUUAUUUUCAUCUGAACGCCUUGUGAAAGGCUAUUUUUGCAAAGAUAUAACCAAAUUUUCUUUCAUCUCGAGAUAUUGUGCUUGCUUCCACAUUAAUCAGUACCUCUCCGUUAACUGACAGUCUGCUGAGUGGUGAUGAGACUUGCUGAGAAUGGUCCAAUCACAUGAGGCCAAAUAUCUAAACACAAUAUUGAUUCGCUAACAACAAAAGCGGGAUGGUUCGGGGCACAGUGUGCUGCGCCCCAAGGACAAUAUGAAACAAGCCAAUCAGAGCUCAGCCUCAAGUCACAUGCUUUUCGAAAGUUUACGGCUUUUUCCUAGCCAUCCUUACACGAAAGCCGUAAUUGUUUAAUAUUUUCUCUGAUUAUUCCAUCAUAAACAAAAACUUUAUAAAUGUUCCUUCUCAUUGUGGAAUUUUAAAGUUUUGCUUUUAUAGAUGUAGCACCACAUAAUACACAUUACACUAUCUACACUGAGAGUCACAGGACAUCAAAAGAGGAAAGACUACCUGAAUUCAGAGAUGACACAAGAUCAUGGAGAUUUAUUCAUGGGGAUUUGUGGCUGUUGUAUUUGCUGUACACUUUAAUUAAAAUACUAAGACAUUUCUUUACUUA